AGUUAAAAACCUGAAGUAAACAGGAGGAAAAAAUAGCCAUGUCUUUGGAUGUGUCUGAAUAUACUAUUGGGGGAGUAAAGAUUAUAUUCCCUUGCAAGGCUUACCCUUCACAACUUGCUAUGAUGAAUGCUAUUGUCAAGGGCUUAAAUAACAGGCAACACUGUUUGUUGGAGAGCCCUACAGGAAGUGGCAAAAGCUUGGCAUUACUUUGUUCUGCUUUAUCAUGGCAGCAGUCUCUGUAUGAGAAAUCACCGCUUACGUCGUCAUGUGAAAAGGAAGAGAGAAAGGCAGAGACCUCGCCGCCCUGUCGCUGCGCGUGUCAUUCCCAACCCAAGAGUGACGAGGCUGCAACGAGUGUGAAUCAUGGUGCUUCGUGUUCUUUUACUAAUUAUGAAACAGGAAGUUCCAUAAAACCUGGAAGCCCGCUGGCAAACACAGAAAGUAAGGGAAAUGAAACGCUAGCUUCAAAAUUGUCUGCCAAAAAAAGGUUAUCUCUAUGUGACAAGGAGAAUGAUGAUUUUCAAGUAGACAGGAAGAGGAUUCGUCCUUUAGAAACUGAGAGCCAGGUUAGAAAACGUCAUUGCUUCGCAAAAGGAGUGCAGCUGGUUGAUGCUUUAGAAGUUUAUCAUCAGAAGAAAAAUGGAGAGCUGAUUGUUCACUCUGAGAAAAGUGUGAAAACCACUACUUUUUCUCCCCAAACAUCUUCUGGUCCUUGCACUGAGUGUUCUUGUUCUUCUGGAAAAGAAACUGAUAAAAAUACCAGUAACACAAAGAAGAAAGAAAAUGGAGAUCAGUUCAUUCCCAAAAUAUUUUUUGGAACACGAACACACAAGCAAAUAUCCCAGAUUACCAGGGAAUUGAAGAGAACAGCGUAUUCCAGUGUCCCUAUGACCAUUCUUUCCAGCCGGGAUUAUACCUGUAUUCAUCCAGUGGUAUCUGGUAGUGGUGGUAACAGGAAUGAAAUGUGUGUAGAAUUGCUGGAAGGAAAACAUGGCAAGUCCUGUCCGUACUAUCACGGUGUACAUAAACUCAGUGAACACCACGCCCUACAGUCUGCACACGGGAUGUAUCAGGCUUGGGAUAUUGAGGAUCUUGUAAGCCUGGGAAAGAAGCUUCGUGCCUGUGCUUAUUUUGCAGCCAGAGAACUCAUGGUGCACGCAGAUAUUGUAUUUUGUCCUUAUAAUUAUCUCCUAGACCCACAGAUACGUGAGAGCAUGGAAAUAAACCUAAAAGGCCAAGUAGUCAUUUUAGAUGAAGCCCAUAACAUCGAGGACUGUGCUCGGGAGUCAGUGAGCUACGGUGUUACAGAAAAUCAACUAAGAGCUGCUCGAGAAGAGCUGGAUUUUAUGGUCAAUAACAACAUCAGGCAGAAGGAUCAUGAGCCCCUACGGGCUGUGUGCUGCUCUUUGACAAACUGGUUACAGGAGAGCUCAAGUCAACUAGUAGAAAGAGGGUAUGAAACCUCCUGUAAGGUUUGGAGUGGAAAAGAGAUGCUCACCGAUUUGCACAAAAUGGGAAUAACUGGUAUUACUUUUCCCAUUUUACAGAAACACCUUGCUACCGUCCUGGAAAAAGAAGAAAAAGUAUCAAUGUUUGGCAAAGAGGAACUUAUUGAGAUACCGGUUGUGAGCCCUGCCACUCAGAUUGUGCUGAAAGGGUUCUUCAUGGUUCUUUCAUAUCUUUUUAGAGAUAAUAGCAGGUAUGCAGAUGACUACAGAGUGGCUCUGCAACAAACUUACACUUGGAUGAAUGAAAACCAACCUGAUGGUUCCGAUUCAAGUGUGUCUCUUGUACGGCCUAAACAUAAGAGGAGUUUGCGGCACAAAACCAUGGUCCACAUGCUUAAUUUUUGGUGCUUGAAUCCUGCCGUGGCUUUUUCAGACUUAAGUGAUGUUAGAACAAUUGUUCUGACAUCGGGUACGCUCUCUCCAAUGGAUUCAUUCUCUUCAGAGCUCGGCGUGAAGUUUUCCAUUCAGUUGGAGGCAAAUCACGUUAUUCGGAACUCACAGGUUUGGGUUGGCACCAUUGGAGCAGGCCCCAACGGUCGGAAGUUGUGUGCCACCUUCCAGCACACGGAGACCUUUGAGUUCCAAGACGAGGUGGGAGCACUUCUACUUUCAGUGUGUCAAACAGUUGGCCAAGGAAUUCUGUGCUUUUUGCCAUCCUAUAAGCUGUUGGACAAAUUAAAAGAUCGCUGGAUGCACACCGGCUUGUGGAGGAACCUGGAGCUGGUGAAGACAGUCAUUGUGGAGCCUCAAGGAGGGGCAAAGAGUGACUUUGAUGAACUGCUGAAAAUAUACUAUGAUGCAAUCAAAUGUAAAGGAGAAAAAGAUGGAGCCCUCCUUAUAGCCGUGUGCAGAGGAAAAGUUAGUGAAGGCUUGGAUUUCUGUGAUGAGAAUGCCCGGGCAGUUAUAACCAUAGGUAUUCCGUUUCCAAAUGUGAAAGACCUUCAGGUUGAAUUAAAGAGGAAAUACAAUGACCAGCACAAAAAUACAAGAGGCCUUUUACCAGGGAGUCACUGGUAUGAAAUUCAAGCUUACAGGGCUCUGAACCAGGCCCUGGGAAGGUGUAUAAGACACAGGAAUGACUGGGGUGCUCUUAUUUUAGUUGACGACCGCUUCCGGAAUAACCCUAAUAAGUACAUAACUGGUUUAUCUAAAUGGGUUCGUCAGCAAAUCCAGCACCACGAGAAGUUUGCCAGCGCGCUUGAGUCCUUGCGUGCGUUUGCUGUAAGGAACCUGAAAGGUGUUGCUGGUCCCUCAGAGUGCAGUGGUGAAUUUCUCCACCUACCUUCAAAUUCAAAAGACCUGUCACAAGCCUCUCAACAGGAUGCAACUAUUCAUCUCUCACCAGAUGUUCCUGCUAAAAGUGAGGAGCAAAAUCUGUUUUCAGAAAUUAAUUCUGCUGCAACCAUCAGUUCAGUGAAUGCUACAGCAUCCAAUCAGCCAAGUAAUGUCAUGACAACAAUGAAACCAAGUGGCCAGAAAGUUGAUGUACAGAGUCAUUCUCACCAUGUAACACAACGAAGAAAACAUAUGGACUCGACACCCAAAAUGCCAGCAACUAAAAUAGAGAGAGAAAAACAGAAUGGUUGGACUAAUUCUGAUACUGGGAAAGAACAUUGCUGCCUUAAACCACUGACUUCAACACCUUUGCCUGUAGCAAAGAGCUGCGCGUCCACAGCGAGUAGCAAACAAAAGAAUGUGAAUAGGGGCAGUGAACUUAUUGACAGUGUAAAUCAAUGCCAGUCAUUAAUUUCAGAACAUAAACCCAGUGUGCCAGAGUCACGUUUGGAAACAACUCAUUUUGCAGUUACAAAUACUGAGGCUCCAGUUGCUGAAGUGCAUUCUGAUGGGCUACAGCUUCAAGUUGAGCCCUGCCGUGAGUUCCGUUCAGCAGAAGGAAAAUCUGAACUUUCAAAGUUAAACGUGUCUGCAGGAGCUGAGGAUGAGGAUGAGAGUAUCUACUUCACACCAGAACUCUAUGAUGAUGCAGAAUCAGAGGAACAGAAAAUCGAACCACAGGUUCCAUCCUGUCAUACAAAUGAGAAUCUGAUUGAAUGUGGAAAUUCCACAGUCGCUGAUGAUCUUUUUGCAAUCAACUCCUCAGAAACACUAAGCGUGACUAAAAAUAAGAUUGAUGAUGAUGAUGGUGGCAGAAGCGCACAUUUACAUGGAAUAAUGGAAACUGAGGGGAGUAAGAAUAGUGCAGUGAAUAAAGUAGAGAUGAAUAAUGGAGUAGAAGCAGAGCAGGUAGCAUCUCAGGAGAUGGACACCAAGAAACGGAAAAUCAGUCUUUCCAGAUCACGAAAUAAAGGCUUGAAAGUUCAGAGACGAUGCAGAAGAAGAAAAGCUCCAGUUAGGCAAAGUGGCUACACCUGUGAAAGAAAGAAGGAAACACGCCACCAGCCUUGCAAGAAAGGACUUUAUUGUAUUGUCUGUGGAGCUGAAAUACUGCCAAAAGCAGAGGGAAUUUUGAGAAAAGCUUGCUACAGUAAUAUUGAACUGCAAAUAAUCUGGAAACUCUUCAGAAAUACUAAUAUAAGAAGUAAAGAAUCCAUUAAUAAUUGUAUGUGUGAACUAGAUGCCAUUUCAGAAGAUGAUAAUACAAUGUUGGUCAUCUCAGAUGCUGCAAGUCUUAGUCAUCUUAAAGAAACUUUGAAGGUUUAUCAGAUGCCAGUGAAAAGUGAAGACCUGAAUGCCAGUUUAUCUUUAAAUGCUAUUUGGAACGAGAAGGAACAUUCUCUGACAAGUUACUUGCAGUGCAGGAGCUGCGUCCUUCAGUCAGUGUGUCCGUGUCCUUUGAUAGGAGCUGAGGUUACUCAUUUCAAUAAUAAAGUACAGUCAUGGGUAAGUGAAAUUAGUUUAUUUUGUAUAUUAAAAUGAUUACUGAAUUACUUUUAUAGGAACUAUUAAAACACCAUUUCUGUAAAGGUAGAAUGAAAAUUUUAUUUUAUCUAUGUGAAUUGUAUGUGAUUCAUCUAAUUUCUGCCACAGAGAUUUGAAGCUGUUCUUAAGAGCAGAGUUCAGGUCACUUUAAUAGAUUUGUAAUUGUCUAUACCUAAUUUGAUGCAGUCUCUACAGUGUUACAUCUUAUGAAAAGGGGUAGGAAAAUGGGCAGCAGCUAUCCAUGUCUUCCACGAAAGGAAAAGCAGAACAAAACGUAUUUGCACAAGUGAUAGAAUCAGACUUGAAUUUUCAGACAUGGAGUUUUAUGUUAUUUGUGGCACUAGCAAAAAUGUUAAUCAGACCCUGAUGGAUGAACAAAGACAAGGUCUAAAGGAGUCAACAGGAAGAAAUUUUCUUUUUUAUAGGUAUUGUAUUUCCAACAAUAUUAGCAAACUACAUUCUCAAUAGAAUUCUUUGAAAUCUAGACAAGAAAGCGAUGUGUUCUUUUACUGUACUCUAAUGGCUUAGUUUAAGAUAAAAGGCUCCAUCCUGAAUGAACUGUGCAGGUAACCUUAGGAUACCUAUGCCUUUCCUGAAUUUAUUCUGUGGAUAUAAAUUUAAUUGAAUUUAAUUAGAGAUUUUUGAGAGUAAAGCUUUGCCAAAAACUGAAUACAAUCCUUACGUUUUGGCCUCUCUGCAUCAUUAUCAAGUGUACAGGCUGUUUGAAAUGCACUGUAUGACAGUGUGACGAUGGAAUAGAAUUUAUGAAUCAUUAUAUGCCAUGAAUGUUGGCAUUUCAAACACUAUUGGGAAGAUUUCAUGGUAUUUUAGCAUUCAUUUAAUAUCAAAGAUAAUGAGAUGUUACAUUGAGGGAAUGUAUACUGCAAGAAUAUGAAAUAAUGGGUUCCUCUGAGGUAUAGCGAACUGAUUUCUUGUUUUACCUUUUUAAUAGUCUUUUUCUGUACAUUUAAAGCAAGGGGCUCUGUAAGACUGCCAG